AUGCUGUCCUCAAGAUUAUCACGGACUUUUUUGCCGCGUGCGGCUUCGGCGGCGCGCCGUACCCCAGCGUUCAGGGCCCCGGCCAUGUUCGCGCGAGGAUAUGCUGAGGGCGGCGAGGAGAAGGUCAAGGGCUCAGUCAUUGGUAUUGAUCUGGGAACCACCAACUCAGCCGUCGCUGUCAUGGAGGGCAAGGUACCGCGCAUCAUCGAGAACUCUGAGGGUGGUCGCACAACACCCUCUGUCGUCGGUUUCACAAAGGAGGGCGAGCGUCUCGUCGGUAUCGCCGCCAAGCGCCAGGCCGUCGUCAACCCUGAGAACACUCUCUUCGCGACGAAGCGUCUCAUCGGCCGCAAGUUCACCGAUGGCGAGGUCCAGAAAGACAUCCAGCAGGUGCCCUACAAGAUUGUCCAGCACACCAACGGUGAUGCAUGGCUCGAGGCCCAGGGCCAGAAGUACUCGCCCUCCCAGGUUGGUGGCUUCGUCCUCGGAAAGAUGAAGGAGACCGCCGAGUCCUACAUGGGCAAGAACGUCAAGAACGCCGUCGUUACCGUCCCCGCCUACUUCAACGACUCCCAACGUCAGGCCACCAAGGAUGCUGGUCAGAUCGCCGGUCUCAACGUCCUCCGCGUCGUCAACGAGCCCACCGCUGCCGCCCUUGCCUACGGUCUUGACAAGGCCACGGACAACGUCGUCGCCGUCUACGACCUUGGUGGUGGUACUUUCGAUAUCUCCAUCCUCGAGAUCCAGGCUGGUGUCUUCGAGGUCAAGUCCACCAACGGUGAUACUCAUCUCGGCGGUGAAGACUUUGACAUCACCCUCGUCCGCCACCUCGUCCAGCAGUUCAAGAAGGAGCAAGGCAUUGAUCUAAACAGCGACCGUAUGGCUAUCCAGCGUAUCCGUGAGGCCGCUGAGAAGGCCAAGAUCGAGCUUUCUUCCUCGUCCCAGACCGACAUCAACCUUCCCUUCAUCACUGCCGACGCUUCUGGUCCCAAGCACAUCAACACCAAGCUCACCCGCUCCCAGCUUGAGAAGAUGAUGGAUCCCCUCAUCAGCCGAACUGUCGAGCCCGUCCGCAAGGCGCUGAAGGACGCCAACCUCCAGCCAAAGGAAAUCUCCGAAGUCAUCCUCGUCGGAGGUAUGACCCGCAUGCCCAAGGUCACCGAGUCUGUCAAGAGCAUUUUCGGCCGCGAUCCUGCCAAGUCGGUUAACCCCGAUGAGGCCGUCGCCAUUGGUGCUGCGAUUCAGGGUGCUGUCCUUGCUGGUGAGGUCACUGACCUCCUCCUCCUUGACGUCACCCCUCUGUCUCUCGGUAUCGAGACCCUCGGUGGUGUCUUCACCCGCUUGAUCAACCGCAACACCACCAUCCCCACCAAGAAGUCCCAAGUCUUCUCCACCGCCGCCGACUUCCAGAGCGCCGUCGAGAUCAAGGUCUACCAGGGUGAGCGUGAGCUCGUCCGCGACAACAAGCUGCUAGGAAACUUCCAGCUUGUCGGCAUUCCUCCCGCUCACCGUGGUGUCCCCCAGGUUGAGGUCACCUUCGACAUUGACGCUGACUCGAUUGUCCACGUUCACGCCAAGGACAAGUCCACCAACAAGGACCAGUCCAUCACCAUUGCUUCUGGAUCAGGUCUCUCCGAUUCUGAGAUCGAGAACAUGGUUCGCGACUCCGAGCAGUACGCCGAGCAGGACAAGGAGCGCAAGAACUCCAUCGAGGCUGCCAACCGCGCGGACAGCGUUGUGAACGAUACCGAGAAGGCCCUCAAGGAGUUCGAGGACCGCCUCGACAAGGCCGAGGCUGAGAAGAUCAAGGAGAAAAUCUCCGCCAUGCGCGAGUUCAUCUCCCAGAGCCAGGCCGGCGAGGGCACUGCCACCGCUGCCGAGAUCAAGGAGAAGACCGACGAGCUCCAGAACGCCUCGUUGAGCCUGUUCGACCAGAUGCACAAGGCCCGCUCCGAGAGCCAAAACCAGGGCGAGCAGCAGCAACAGCAGCAGCCCGAGGGCGAGGGCGAGAAGAAGCAGUAG